CACAGCUCCCCCUUCCCUGGCCCUGCGUCGAGAUCCAGACCUCCCGCGCACACCGGACCGGAGAAGAAGAAGAGAUCAGAAAGCAAUGGCGGCGGCGCCGGACGGACUCUUCGGCCUCCGCAACAGCUUCCAUGUGGGCGCGUACCAGGCCGCCAUCACCGGCAGCCAGUCCGCCCCCUCGCACGCGCUCUCCCCGGACGAGGUCGUCGAGCGCGACGCACUCCUCUACCGCUCCUACAUCGCCCUCGGCUCCCACCAGCUCGUCAUCGACGAGAUCGGGCCGCGCGCCGCCACGCCGCUCCAGGCCGUCAAGCUGCUCGCGACGUAUCUCAUAUCCUCCGGGAACAAGGAGUCGGUGAUCUCGAAACUGAAAGAGCUCCUUGGGGAUGCGGCGGUGGGGAGCAACCCGAUCCUCCGGCUGGUCGCCGGGACUGUCUUCAUGCAUGAACGGGAUUACGCUGAAGCUCUCAAGCACACGAAUUCCGGUGGGAGUAUGGAACUGCUGGCGCUGAAUGUUCAGAUAUACCUCCUGAUGAACAGGCCCGAUCACGCAGAGAAGCAGCUCAGGGUCAUGCAGCAGCUGGACGAAGACCACACACUGACGCAGCUCGCCAACGCGUGGGUAAACCUUGUCAUGGGUGGCUCCAAGAUCCGAGAAGCGCACCUCAUCUUCCAAGACUUCUCGGAGAAGUACCCGGCGACUUGCAUGAUUCUCAGAGGGAAAGCCCAGUGUUUGAUGCACAUGGGCAAAUUUGAAGAAGCAGAGGGCUUGCUGCUGGAAUCACUGAACAAGGACGCCAAGGAUGCAGAAACACUUGCCAACCUCAUCGUGUGCAGUCUUAGUUUGGGUAAACCUGCAUCUCGAUACCUCAACCAAUUGAAGCUAGCGCAUCCCGAGCACAUGCUGGUCAAGCGGAUGUCUUCUGCUGGAGACAGCUUCGACAGAGCCUGCCAAGAGAUGACAUGAGUUUUGUUGUAUUUUUGUUAUAAACCUGUAAGCUGGAUAAACCAAAGUAGCACUGGUCUCAGUCACAGGAGCCAAAUUCAGCUAAUAAUGAUGGUCGACGAACAUGCUACGCACGCUUCUCAAUAACAUUUUUUCUUCAGAACGGGCGCUCGUUCUAGCUA